AUGCCUACUCCCAUGGCCGCGACAUAUCCUUCAGACACUCCAGGACUCCGGGCACAUCGAGCAUGUCGAAAUUGUGUCCAAAUCAAAGCGAAAUGUGUUCCGUUAGAAGGAUCAAAUAACACCACAUGCCAAAGAUGCCAUCGAUUAAAGAAAGAAUGCACCACUCCAGUCCCGGUCCCACGCAAACGGCGGAAUAAAUCCACACGCGUCUCACAACUCGAACAAAGACUUGACACUCUAACCAGUCUCCUGACGACUCGUGGUGGUGCCAACGAGAUUCCGGAUCCACCUAAUCCGUCUCUACCAACCCCUCCAGUAUCUUCAACAAACGAGCGGAGAAGCCUCAACGACUUCAAUCAUGGCCCGGAUCCAGACGCAUGGGUAAACCCUUGCAAAGCUCCUCCUAUCAAACAGACCCUACGUGAGGAAGCCGAUGAAUUCUUCCACACGCCUUUAGCGCCUGUGAUGGAAGAAAAGCUGUUCAGCCACUUUCGCACGGAGAUGAGUCAAUAUUUCCCAUUUGUUGUGGUCCCGCCCGAUGCAACAGCCGUGGCGUUCAAGGAAGGCAAGCCUUUUCUAUUCAGAUGCUGUGUCACCGCCGCUUGUCAUCCCGACCCCCAUGUGCAACGACAACUCGUCGAAGAAUUGCUCAGAUAUUUGGGAGAUCGCAUGUUGCUCAAUAGUGAGAGGUCUCUGGAUCUGUUGCAAGGAGUCUUGGUAUUGAUCGCAUGGUAUCAAUUCUACAAUCACUACAAUCCUCAAUUGAUGAACCUCCUCCAUCUGGCCUCGGCACUCGUUAUCGAUCUUGGAUUGAAUCGGCCAUGCCAUUCCGGACCGUGGCCACCGGUCGGGAUGGUAACUGAAGUGACCCAGCUCAUCCACGGCGGACCCGUGAUGCAAGGAGCACAUACAUCCGAUGAACGCAGAGCAGUCCUCGGAGUCUGCUAUUUCACCGGAAAAAUAUCAUCCUGCUUCCGAAGGUUGGAUCCGGUACGGUGGACUCCACACUUGGAAGAUUGCUGUAACUCUCUCCUUGCGGCAGCCGAGUAUCCCACGGAUGUAUAUGCUGUUCAAUUCGUUCAAUUGUAUCGAAUCACAGAGAGAUAUUCACCAUAUCUCGCCACAAGAUCGUACGCGGAGGUACCUAUACGCACUUAUGUCCGGUGCUUUGAGGAAGAUAUUGAGAAAUAUCAGCAACGCCUCCCUCCAGACUUGGCAAAGAACGCUUUGAUGCGAAUGCAUAUCCUCAGCGCCCAGAUCGGACUUUAUGAAGCUGUCGUCAACGCUGAAUGUGACGCCCCCAUCCAAAGAGCAGAGGCAUUGCAUGCCUGUCUGCAACGGGUCAAAUCUCUCUACGAUGUACUCGAUGGACAACCCCCGGAUAGUCUCCCCAAUCUUCCCUUUUUGGCAUGGAUUCAUGUUGUCCAUGCUCUCAUUGUGGUGGCCAAAUUGUCAUUCCUGGUGGCCGACGGGUGGGACUUGCAAUACGUCCGAACGUCCCCAGUGAACUUUGAGUCUGUAUUGGACUGUCUCAUCACGAAGCUGGAAUCCGUCGCCCAACACAAUCUUAGAGAGUUUCGAACGCCCAACGCCGUUUCAGCUCGCUUCAUGUUAUAUGCGGAGAAGACACGCGUUUGGAAGCGGUGGUAUGAAAACAAAAUCAAGGUAGAGGCUGCACCUCACACCUCACAACCUCCUGAUAUUGGGGGCGCUGUUUUGCCAAUGGACGAUCAGGUCAUCGAGGGAUUUCUUGACGGGUUUGAUGAUGGAGCCUGGCAGGACUUUAUAGGCGAUUGGACUGCUAAUUUCCAGUUUUGA